CUUUAGCGAAUAUCCAGUGUUCAAAAGUGCACCGUCCACCAAGAAACGUAGUAACGUAGGUGAUGCAUUGUUUCUGCGCUCGGUGAAAUUGCUUGUUUUUAUAACGCAAAUGUGCUGUGCCCGAAUUUUGGAUCAGUGAGUGAACGAACCAGUUUUUGGGGCAAUAUGAUGCGUUUUACUUUGGUGUACUUGACAGUGCUUCAUUUCCCAGUCAUCAUUUACUCGAGCAAAUCUUAUAGUGAUCCCGGAACAUUAGUCUAUCCUCUGCUCUUUGAAACGAGGAGUGCAAAUGGAGAGAGAACUGUUCACUUGAGUGAUGGAAACUUUGUUCACCUUCACAAAGCUACCGUACUGCACGAUACUUUGACUGUGCACUCGUUUGAGAAGAACAAACGCAUCGUUCAAACGAUUGAAGCCAAGGAUAUCGAAGGAAAUCUUUACGAAAACAAAAGAACCUUGGCUUCUCUCCUUCUCGAAGAAACUGCACACGGAAUUGUCAUGGAGGGCCUUAUAAACCACACGUACCGCAUUCAACCUUUAUUUGAAGCUGAAAGGUCUGAGAGCGGACAAAUUGCUCACAAACUGUAUGUGGUGACGCCACACAAAGUAAAUUUUAUUGAAUCAAUUCCAGAAUUCGAUUCCUUCCCUGAGGAUGUUAAAGCAGAGGCCAGAAGCGAACUUCCAAGUGUUUUUCGUCCGGACGUGUUUCUAAUAUCCGAUUAUGAACACAACAGGCACUUUUCAGCCCUUACGAAACUGGUCAACUACCUCGUCGUACUCUUCAACGGUGUCAAACUACGAUACGAAAGUGUGCGCUAUCUACGAAUAAUACCCAGACUUGUUGGAGUUGAAUGCGCUCAGCGGGGGUAUGACUCCUAUGAAGUGAUGCAUGGAAACAGUAUGGUUGCAGAAAAUACUUUGAAAAACCUACAGUCGUACGUCGAAGGACGGCUAAAUGACUUCAGGGGCGCUGACGCCGUCAUGUUAAUCACCGGACACUCCAUGAUCAGCGUCAGCACUGGACAGAUUAGAACUGGAGUAGCAGGGUUAGCUAUGACUGGAGGUUUGUGCUCGAGACGAAGGGUGGCGGAAAGCUUGGACGUUGGAAGAGGUUAUGCUGGAAUUGUUCAUCUAGCUCACGAGCUGGCGCACUUAAUGGGAUCAAGUCAUGAUCAAGCGGCACCCGUACCAGGCAUUCCAGGAAACCAAGGUGCAUACCAUUGCCGCUGGAGUGACGGACACAUCAUGAGCUACGACUUGAAGGACGAGAACCAGUUCACUUUUUCAUAUUGCUCUCAGGAGCAGUUCGUUGUUUUCCUAAGGCUUGUCCCUCAACGUUGCAUAGAAAAUACUUGGACAGGCAAGUUGCCAAAGAACUCAAGUAGAUUUCCCGGUGACACGAUGUCCCGUAACAAAUUUUGCCGCAGGGAGUCUGGCUCUCCAAAAUCAAAGGAAUGCACCAAAAGAAGUGGGGAUCAUCUUUGCAAAAUAACGUGUUGUCCUGGAAAAGACCGGUACAGACGCAACGUUGACGUGGCUGAAUACUGGUGCCUAGACGGAACAAACUGCGGCAACAACAAGGAAUGCUACAAUGGUUACUGUACGACCAAACGAAAGAAGUAAAGCAGCAUCAAACAAAGAAAGGCGAGCAGCAAAUUAACCCGUUAGUGGUCAGUGUGUUUUAAAAAUACAGCAACGUUUGUAUUUCUAAAUAAAUAAAAAAAACUGUUA